UUCAAACCGCGGGGCGGCGGCGGAGGCGUGAGCGGCGCUAGGAGGCCGGGAGCCUGCGAGAUAAUUUUGGAAACUGUUGCAUAAGAAAUGGCCGGAAGUCAGAUGAAUGUCUAAAGAAGAGCUUAACAUUUCUUCAGCAACAUUCUUUUUAAAAAUAACUUUCUGCCACCAUGUCAGCUUCCACUGCACGCAGCGGAAAUGACAGCGAUCUCCUUGGCAUCUCUUCCUCCACAAAGACGUCAUCCCUGAGUGUCCUCCCCCAGGGCAGCAAGCUGAAGCUGCACUCGAAGUCGGACUUGUCAGUGUGUGCAAAUGACGAUCCGUUACUGAGAUCUGCAAGUAAGACCAGAGACAUCAACAGCACUUACGUUAUUUCUGCCUCUAAGAAAACAGAAGACACGCCCCUCUCUCCUAACCCUGUGGGGAGGUUGACACUUCAGAGGAGAGCGACCAGGAGCAAGGAAGCCUCUUUGCUUGGUCGUGAGUUGGGAGACGCAGGUGCGAGAACGGCAGAAGCACGCCUUGCAUUACAGCGUCGGGCUAAGACAGAGGGUGUGGAAAAGUGGAAAGGAACGCAGAAUGUGGGCAGCAGGACAGAAAAUAGUCGGCCUUCACCAGAAACUGGUAUAAAUGUAAAGACUGUAAACGGUGACAAAAACUUGCCUGUUGCACCUUCUGUACCUUUAACUCCAGACCCAAAAGACCUUGAAAUGAAGGCUGAUGGAAAAUGCACAGCGACGCGUUCUGCCCUCCGAGGGGCGGGUGAGAACGUCGCCCUUAAGUCCUUACGUGAGCGAGCGCCCACCGGUUCCCAGGGUCAGACUGAAGCUGUUCGCGCAGCGAGCUUGGUGAUUAGGCCUACCGAGAGCAGGUUAGAGAUCAAAGUGUCAGGAGCAGGGACCUCGCAUCACAGGGGUGCUGAGAAGGAAGCCUCGAAACUUCCACGUAGAUUUGAGAGCUUAGAGAAAAGGACGCCCUCGAAGUGUAUUUCAGAGCCUAGGUCGACACCCAGGCGUGGCGUCCUGCAGCCUCGGGGCCCCGCUGCCUUGGUUCUGAGAAACAGGAGGCCCACCCUUCAGGUUAAACAGACGCCCCAGAGCUCUCUGCUCGCAAGUCAAAAGGAAAGGGAGCGUGAAAAUACAUUCCUUCUUAGGGAAGAAACGGCACUUCAGAAAACCUCUGCAGAAACAUACCCCCUGAAAGUGGAGACCACCCAGGUGACGGUGGCCGUCAGAGUCAGGCCUUUCAGCAACCGGGAGAAGAGAGAAGGGGCGCCUCAGGCGGUCCUCCUGGACGGGGAGGAAAUCGCUGUGGAGCACCCCGGCACGCGACAGGUUUACAGCUUUGCGUAUGACCUUUCCUUUUGGUCCGUGGACGCGCGCCACCCGCGCUUCGCGAGCCAGGCGGCCGUGUACCAGGCACUGGCGGCCCCACUGCUGGGACAGGCCUUCCAAGGCUUCAACACCUGUCUAUUCGCGUACGGCCAGACUGGCUCUGGAAAGUCAUACACGAUGAUGGGCUUUAAUGAAGAACCAGGAAUAAUUCCAAGAUUUUGUGAAGAUCUUUUUGCUGAAAUAGCCAAAAAACAAACCCAAGAGGUCAGCUACCACCUUGAGAUGAGCUUCUUUGAAGUCUACAAUGAAAGGAUUCAUGACCUUCUCGUUUGUAACGGAGAAAAUGGGCAGAGAAAGCAAACGCUGCGAGUGCGGGAGCACCCCGCCUCGGGCCCGUAUGUCGAGGGCCUGUCCACGAAUGUUGUCAGUUCUUAUUCUGAUAUCCAGGCCUGGCUGCAGCUGGGGAGCAAGCAGAAGGCCACGGCCGCCACCGGCAUGAACGACAAGAGCUCACGCUCUCACUCCGUGGUCACCCUGGUGAUGACCCAGGCCAAGACAGAAUUUGUGGAGGGGGAGGAGCUGGACCACAGGAUUCGGAGCCGCAUAAACCUCGUGGACCUGGCUGGCAGUGAGCGGUGUUCCGCAGCUGGGACCGUCGGGGAGCAGCUGAAGGAAGGCGUGAGCAUUAACAAGUCGCUGCUGACCCUGGGCAAGGUCAUCUCUGCACUGUCCGAGCAGGCUGGCGGGCGGAGCGUGUUCAUUCCUUACCGCGAGUCUGUCCUCACAUGGCUGCUGAAGGAGAGUCUGAGUGGAAACUCGAAAACCGCCAUGAUCGCCACGGUCAGCCCGGCGGGCAGCAGCGUGGAGGAGACGCUGAGCACGCUGAGGUACGCCGCGCAGGCCCGCAGCAUCGUCACUGCUGCCAGGGUCAACGAGGACCUGAGCGCCAGGCUCAUCCGAGAAUUGAAAGCAGAAAUUGAAAAGUUAAAAGCUGCCCAAAGAAGCAGUCAGAACAUUGACCCUGAACGAUACAGGCUCUGCCGCCAAGAAAUCGUGUCCUUGAGAAUGAAGCUGCAUCAGCAGGAGAGAGAGAUGGCGGACAUGCAGAGAAUGUGGAAAGAAAAACUUGAGCAAGCUGAAAAAAGAAAACUUCAAGUAACAAAGGAGUUACAGAAAGCAGGAAUUACCUUUCAAAUGGACAACCAUCUGCCAAACCUGGUCAAUCUCAAUGAAGACCCUCAGCUGUCGGAGAUCCUGUUAUACAUGAUAAAAGAGGGGACGACCACUGUCGGAAAGAACAGACCGAGCUCCAGCCACGACAUCCAGCUGUCGGGGGUGCUGAUCGCCGAUGACCACUGCACCAUCACCAAUUCUGCUGGGACAGUGAGUAUCGUCCCAGCUGGGGAAGCGAAGUCAUACGUAAACGGAAAACUGAUUUCGGAGCCCACGGUGUUACACCAUGGAGAUCGGGUGAUUCUUGGUGGCGAUCAUUAUUUUAGAUUUAAUCAUCCAAUGGAAGUCCAGAAAGGCGAGCGGCCACCCAGCAGAGAGAGUCCUGUGAGCAAGGGCCCAGAAGACUUUGAGUCAGCCAAAAACGACUUGCUGAUGGCCCAGAGGUUACAGCUUGAGGCGGAAAUCCAGGAGGCGCAGGUGAGAGCCAAGGAGGAAAUGAUGCAAGGCAUCCAGAUCGUGAGAGAAAUGGCCCAGCAAGAGCUCUCCUCUCAGAAAGCUGCGUACGAGGGCAAGAUCCGAGUGCUGGAGGCGGAGCUGAAAGAAGAAUCUCAAAGGAAGAAGAUUCAGGAAAUAAAUAACCAAAAGGCGAAUCACAAAAUUGAGGAACUGGAAAAGGUGAAGCAGCGUUUUGAGCAGGAAAUUCAUGUCAACAGAAAGCGGCUGGAAAUGGAGGCUCUGGCGACAAAGCAGGCUUUAGAAGACCACAGGAUUCGCCACGCAAAAAUUCUGGAAGCUCUAGAAACAGAGAAGCAGAGGAUUGCUAAGGAAGUGCAGAUUCUACAGCAGAAUCAGAGCCACAGGGAUAAAGCCUUCACAGCGCAGCCCAGCUGGAGCUCCAUGAAGCUGUCCGUCAUGAUUCAGGAAGCCAACGCCAUCAGCAGCAGGUUAAACAAGAAUUAUGUUUUUGGCAGAUAUAUGGUAUCAGAUAAAGGAAGCAGUUCUGACACUUGGAUUCGGGUCCGUAACCUGCAGCUCAGGGUCUCAACCGUCUGGAGUCUGGAAAAGUUUGAGUCUAAGCUUGCAGCAAUGAAGGAACUUUAUGAGAGCCAUGGGAGUAACCAGGGUGAAGAUGUCUUUUGUGACGCUGAAGAUGAGUGGGAACCCGACAUCACCGAUGUUCCUGUUUCUUCCUUUUCCAGAAGGAGGAGCAGGAGCCUGAUGAACAACAGGAGGGUUUCUGGCUGUCUGCAUGACAUCGAGGCCCACACGGGCCAGGACCUGCAUUCUUCACGCUCCGCAGGCUUAGUGGGGAAAUCCAGCCCCGUUUACCCGGAUUCAGCAGAACCCUUCCUUCCUGGCAUUUGCAAAGAGUUGAUCGGCUCGUCAUUAGAGCUUCUCGGACAGAGUGAUGAUGAAGAAGGCACCGUGGCAGACAGCCUGAUGAGUAAUUUCCUCAGAAUCCACGAUGGGGUACUGGCCAUGUCCAGAGCCCACGAAGAGCAGGACGAGGACAGUCAGUGUAACCUGUUCGCUGACCGAGCAAACCAGUCGCUUGCAGUCCAGGUGACAAGCGCGUUCGAGCAGGUCGCGGUGCUGACGGGACCCUGGCUGAGCGGCGUCCUCCCAGAGGCUGGCCGGGAGGCCCUGCCAGCUGAGCUGCGGCGGGAAGUGAGGACGCUGGGGGGCCGCUUGCAGCUGUUUCUGCAGGGAUGUUCUUCGGAUAUUUCACCGAUGGUCAAAGAGGCUCAAAAGCAAGUGAUCCAAACCAUACACCGAGCCGUCGCAUGCGUGGGGUGGUCAGCGGCUCUUACCGGGGACCGGCUGCACUUCCUGGAGAGCGGUGCUCAUGGGGCCGCCGGCCUGCAGGAUGAUUUUGUGGGUGCCGUUUGUGAUGGUGUAGACUUGGGAAUAAAGAGUCUCCUCGAUUCUGGACUAGAAAAAGCAGAAGAGCUUGAGCAUGAACUCCUAAGGCAGAGUCCCCAGGAUGAGGUUACCAAACAGAUGAAAGCUAAUGCCCUGGGACUGAUCGAAUCCCUCGGAAACCUCUUUGCUGAAUGGAAAACAAAAAGCUUCAGAACUCAAGUACAAGAAGAAAAUUCUGAAUGUGAAGAUUUGAAGAAGAUGAUUAAUCUUGCCCAAGAAUUCUUGAAGUUAAAAUGUGGCUUAGAGCAAACUAUUCAAGUUAUUAUUUCUGCUCUGAGAGGGCACCGCGGGGACCUGGCCCUCCUCCAAGACUGUGUGCAGCGUCUAUGCAGCUCGGCCCGGGGUCUCCACGGCAACCAGAGCGGGUGCCCUGAGGACAGCAGGGCCCGAGCUGGCCACCGGGAGCUGGAGUCUUGCGCCACCUCACUGCUCCUGGGUUUUGAAUUUGAAGAAGGACCUGGUUUGUGGGGGCCCUGGGAAGCUUGCAAUCAGGGUCCCAGAGCAGCAGGACGAGAGCAGCCUGGGUCGGACAGGCCUGGCCCCCAGAGGACCCGAGGAGUGCCCAAGCGGGUGUACGAGCUCCCGGGCCCGGCCCCGGGCGGCUCGGAGCAGGGUGUGCUGCCCACCCGGGAGGGCGCCAGGGAGGGGUCUCCUCCCGCCAGAGAGCAGUGA